AUGACGCUGGUGCAGGUUGAGCCUCCCCUUCCACAGGGAUUCCUCUCCCUCUAUGGAUUACCAGAGAAGGAGGGGACCAGCAGGGGCACCUUGCCGGCGUUGCCGCUGGAGCACCUUGCCGGCUUGCCGCCGGAGGAGCAGGACCUGGUCAACAGGAGGAGCCGUUGGUUCUCUUCAUCUUCCUUCGUUGAGGCAGGCUGCAAGUUCCAAUCCCCCCAACUUUUCACUGUCUCCCAAAUCGCCGACGCCGCGUCCUUUGAUCCUGGCUGCCUCCAGCAGGUUGCUGUCCAUGCCGUCUCCCUCGUUGUCGCGUCUUGCAGACUGGCGCGUCCCAGCAGCCAGUUUCUCCUCCCAUCUGCUGCCCUCCUCCAGCCCCCCCUCCUGGUCGCACCUCCAUCUGCUCAAAGUCCCUCCCUCUGA